AUGGUUAAAAAAUCUGAUAGACAUGACAUCAUUUCUUUAAAAAAGAAAGUUGAAUUACAUGACAAGAAAAUUGAAUUACAUGAAAAGAAAAUUGAAUUAUCAAACGAAAAAUUUAAUUUAUAUGAAAGGAAGGAAAAUGAAAGAGUGGAAGAAAAGAUAGAUUUUUUAAGUCGCACGCAGAAAUUACUACAAAUAAAGAAUUUGUGUAAUGUCCGUGGGGCGUUAGAAUUCAUCCGCUCACAGAUUAUUUUAUCAUCAAUUAAAAAUCUCUCGUUUUCUGAACCAAAUGACAAGGCAUUGAAGGUUUUGUCAGAUAAUGAGGAAUUCAUUAAAGAAUUAACUCAUGCCUGUGAAGCAAACUUCCUUCGAUAUAAUGAUGUCCAAAGAAGUUUAGGUGGAUUAUAUCAUGCCGCUUCAAAAAAUUUUCAUGGUCAUGAAAAAGACAUUGUCAUCGAUUCAAGAAGCUUUACAAAAAAUGAAGUUUUUGUAUUGGGAGUAUUAUUUCGACAUUUUAACGUUCCAUUUAAUUAUUGUGACGAAAAUGGAAAAUUGGUUGAAUACCCUUAUAAAGUUUAA